AUGAAUGAACAAAUCAGGCUUCUGAGCUCAGACAGAGAUAGUGUAUAUUCCUUUGAUUCUGUUAGCACAAAUGAGCGCUUGCUCGAUCGAUUGGAUUUUGACUCCGAGUCAAUUAUAUCGACAGACACAUACAGAUCUUCUACAUAUAGUUCACAUGGUCUCCAAGGCGACAAGCAUGGAAUGAACCGUACAGGAGCUUCUAGGUCAGAACCCCAUGAACAACAACCGUGGCGAACAAAUAGUUCGUCACCGUCACGUGGAAUCGCCCUUCCCCAACAACCGAUGAAUAAUCUAAGCGCAAUAAGGAGGAUGAAAGAUUAUACUAAUCCAACCGAUCUUGGUAGGGCAAAUGUAGUAGGCCGAGGACACAACGGGCAACGAGGUGUGAUAUCUAAUAGUAAUGCCACAGGGGGCAGUAAAGAUGGCCCCGAUUGUGAAAAAGAUGAUACGACGAGCAGUCGACCUAUAUUUAGUUGCCCAAAUAAUGCCAACCCUCAAAUUCUGGACAACACAAUUCUGUUAAAGGACAGAGGGCCGCCACUAGAUACAAGCUAUGCACAGACGAGGACCACUGGCCCCAUGCAACCUCGUCUUCACAACAAUGCCCGAUUUCUUGCUAGUCAUCAUGCAGUAGAUACUGGUUCAGUAGCUAUGCCAGGAAUUCUGUCGCUGAGAAAAAUAACUGGGGAUAUCGUUACAAGCAGAAGCAAAAGCUCAAUUGCAACAACGACUAAUUCUACGGAUUCCUUUACUACCAGCGAGUCUCACGUGCCCGCUGGCACAUCUCCCUACAAUGAGCUUAUUGAUACGCCCACCGCUGGAAUGCUGCUUCUAAGUUUGAAUUCAACACUGGAACAAACAUCCUCGCAUGUAGUUACCCCCUUAACGAGAACUGACUUAAAGAGGCAAUUACAACCUCACAAUACGCCAAUUGGACCGAAUGCACGCGGCAAAGACCGCGAAAUGGACAGCAACAGAUCAUCCAGUCUUAACUCAUACGAGUACCUACCUGCUCACACAUUUACCCCUACUGAAAAUAGUGCUGAUUCUGUACGUGGACAGCGUCUACAAAGCCAAGAGAUAUCACCUGAAUCAAGAACGGUAAUAUCACAGGAACUAAGGGCUCAAGGAAAACAUCGGGAGGCUUCAUAUCAAUUACAAAUAGCUGCUAAUGAACCAUUCAACAAUCCCAAAGCCAUGUAUCUCUAUGCGUUGGCUUUAAAGCACGGACAAGGUGUAAAACAAAACUACAAUGCAUCUUUAAAAUGGUUGUGCAAAUGCAUUUUGACAACAUCAAUAUCUGGCAAUAAUUCCCAAAAUGGCACUGAUCGCAUGACUCUUAAUUCUCCCAUCGUGAUCUCAAAAUUAAACAAAUUGCCUCAGCAGGACUUGAUCCAAUUGGUCCUUGCUAAUCUCAAAAGCUUUGAAAAUUCCGAUGGACUAGAGAAUGGUCAAAACCCUGAACUGUUGUACAAUUGUUUCAAGAAUUACAACAAAUCAGAGGUGAAUAGAAUUUCGGCAAAGAACAAAAGCAAAUCAGAUGUUGUUGCCUUGUGCUAUUUUGAACUUGGAAUAUUUCUUUUAAACGGACUUGCUGGCGGCUCAAACCAAAAAGCAGAUGAAGCUAAUGGAAUUACCUGUUUGUCAAAAUCUGCUGCGAUGUGCAAUGUGGAUGCAAUGGAACAAUUGGGCGAAGUGUGGGCUACAAAAACCAAAUUUCGCAAAAAAGAUUUGAACAAAGCUGCUGCGUGGUUGAGAAGUGCGGAGAUAUUUGGUGCAAAGUCUAUUGGUAAUAGUUGGAUCUACAAAGAAAAGUACCUAAAGUCCAACUCCAGUUAG